UAUCCGGUGGAGAUACGCACACUAUUUUAACUAUGUCACCCAAAAAGACAAAAACUUGGUCGUGGAGUGCAACCUUUGCGUGGGCAGCAAACGUUUGUCAACGUCAGCCAACUCAACCUCCAAUCUUUUGAAACAUUUGCAGCGUCAACACUCAACUGUUAAGCUUGUCGCUAAGGAGCAACCGCAACACAGCCAGGCUGCCGACUCCGACACACCGACACGAUACAAGCAACCACGUCUUGAAUUACGCGGUCAGGUAACCUCAAAGACAGAAAUAAAUAGACUGGUUGCGGCAUACGUUGUGGAAGAGAUGUUGCCUAUAUCUACAGUAGAGUCACCGUCUUUCAGAAGCAUUUUGCGGAAAAUACAAACUGCUGAUGGACAGGAAAGUACAAGUGACAGAAAAACAUUUGCAAGUUACCUUGAAAAAUGCUAUAGCAAGAUGGAAAGUGAGUUAAAGUCAACCUUUGAGAGACUGGAGUAUGUGUCGACAACGGCAGAUAUUUGGACAUGUCAUAAUAAAAGUUUUUUGGGCAUGACUGCACAUUGGAUUAACCCAAACAACUUCAAACGUGAAAAAGCAGCAAUUGCCUGUCGAAGAAUAAAAGGACGUCAUACAUACGACGUAGUGGCAAGUGAGAUAGAACACGUACAUUCAGCAUUUGGACUCACUCACAAGGUAACCGCUACUGUGACCGAUAAUGGGUCAAACUUCGUUAAAGCCUUUCGGGUGUACGAGGCAGCAACAGCACCAUCUGAUUCAGAGGAGGAGGGAGGUGAAGAAGAGGAGGACAAUGUUGUUUUUGCUGAUGCUGAUGACAUCCUAUCUAAUGGCACUUCAGAUGGAGAAUACACUUUACCCCCUCACUUAAGGUGUGCUUCACAUACGCUGAACCUGAUUUCCAAUAAUGAUGUUAACAAAUGGCUGUCUGCAAAUGCUGAGGCUAAGUCUGUAUUCAGAAGUGCAACAGCAAAGUGCUCUGCACUCUGGACAAAAUGUAGCCGUUCUACUGUAGCCUCAGAGCUUGUUGAAAAUAUAUGCAAACGGAAGCUUAUUAUCCCAGUAACAACAAGGUGGAAUUCAUUCCAUGAUGCCUUGACAUGCAUCCUCACUAUUCCAGUCCCACAGUUAAACCACUUGUGUGCUCAGUUAGACAUAAGAGUCCUCUCUGAACGUGAACAUAAAUUUCUUAGUGAAUACUGUUCAGUAAUGAAACCCCUCAGCAUUGCCUUGGAUAUUUUACAAGGAGAAGAUAACUGCUACUAUGGGUGCCUUCUGCCAACACUUGAAGUUUUAAUGUCCAAGGUGUUGGCACUGCAACCCAGCCUCUCAAGAAUGACUGCAGGUCUACCAGAUGUCAUUGUGCAGAGCAUCAAGACCAGAUUUGCAUCAGUGCUGGAAAACAAGGAUGCUCAGCUUGCUGCAGUCACACUUCCCAAGUUCAAACUAAGGUGGCUGAAAGAAGAGCACAAGAAGGACUCUUUAAAGACACUGCUCAUCACAGAAUGCCGAACUUCAAUGGAUACACAACAAGAGGUGCUCCCAUUCGUUUCUAAACCACAGGCCUCUUCCUCAAACAAAAGUGAAAUUGACUUUUUUGCUUUUGAAGACGACCAUCCAACUUCUCGCAGCUGUGAAAGUGAAAUCUUUGGUUAUUUCCAAUCAGGUUGUGAAGUAGACAUUCUCCACCAAUUUCCAAACAUUAAGACCUUAUUCUUGAAACUGAACACAAGGAACUGUGAUGUUGGUAACUGGGAGCUGCUGGCAGUAAAACAGGCCUUGGAGUGCUGA